GCCGCAGUAUUAUCAUCGAACUAAAAAUGACGUGGGACUCGGUUCUACAACUUGCGACAGAAAAUGAAUCAAAAACGGCAUUUGAAGCGAUUGACAUUCUUCUGAAAUUUUGUAAAAAUAUCAUUAAGAACCCCUCCGAAGAAAAAUAUCGAAGGAUUCGACUAAAAAACCCUAUUAUUGAGAGCAAACUACUUCCUGUUUCUGGUGCUAUGGAGUGUUUAUUUGAUAUGGGGUUUCUUGAGGAUGGCGAAUUUCUGACGAUGCCUCUGAAUUGUAGUUUAUCUGUGUUGACUGUGAUACGUAAUGAAUUAACAGAAGUGAAAGAUGCCCUUCGUGAAUCUGAUAACCUGGAAACAGUUCCGUUAGUUCCACUUGUUUCAGCUCCGAACACUCCACAGACAGCAUCGACCAUUCCGCAGGCAGCACCAACUCGACCAGCUCCACCCACAAAUAUUAUAAUGUCUGAAGCUAAAUUUUAUUCUAAGUUAGACAACAGUUUACAGCAUGUGUUGAUGUAUGAAAACUCGAGCCUUCAAGAUAAAGCCAGAUCCGUUAUACCUAUAGAGACAUUACAGAAGGAAGCUACACAGAAACUAGAGACCAUACUAUCAGCUGAUAGAUCUCAACAAAUAGAUAUUCAAGAUUGUCUUCUCCUGUGUUUGUUGGAUUGGUUUAAAACAUCGUUCUUCUCGUGGGUCGAUUCUCUAGCUUGUGAAAGAUGUACUGGACCAACUACUAAUAAUGGAAUGUUGCCACCAAAUUCUGAUGAUGAGAGAUGGCAGGCUGGGCGUGUUGAAUCGCAUCGGUGUAAUGUAUGUGCUUCAAUAACCAGAUUUCCACGAUAUAACCACCCUGGCAAGUUGUUGGAAACUAGACGAGGACGAUGUGGAGAGUGGGCGAACUGUUUUACGUUAUGUUGCCGAGCUCUUGGCUUUGAGGCUAGAUACGUUCUGGAUUGGACAGAUCAUGUGUGGACCGAAGUUUAUUCUCAAAGUCAACAAAGAUGGCUGCAUUGCGAUCCGUGUGAGAACGUCUGUGAUAAACCGUUAUCAUAUGAAGCCGGUUGGGGGAAAGCGUUAACUUACGUUAUCGCCUUCUCGAAAGACGAAAUCAUGGAUGUCACUUGGAGAUAUUCCGCAAAGCAUGCUGAGGUUCGAUCUAGACGUAACGAGUGUCGGGAAGAUUGGUUAGUUAGCACAAUUUAUAAAAUCAAUAAAAAUAAACGAUCAGCUAUGGCCCCGGCCAGACAAAAAGUAAUGCUGAAUAGAACAAUAGUGGAAUUGGUGGAGUUUUUAACCGUGAAGACGGCUGAUAACUUAGAACUAUCUGGUCGAACUACGGGCUCGUUGGCAUGGCGAUUGGCUCGAGGUGAAACUGGUGGUGGUAUGAGUAAUGAACCGUUUAUAUUUACGUUAAGCGAAAGAGAGAAACAAUUGAAGAAAGUUCACGUUAAAUAUAACUGUCCAAAAAAUCAUUAUGUUCGUAUUUCGAAUAACAAUGAAGAGAAAAAAGACUGGUCGAGUUUAUGUUUUCAGUCUACGUCGUUAGCACGUAAAGAGGAAAAAGAAUGGAAGAUGGUGUAUAUAGCAAGAGCCGAGGGUUCGGAAAAUGCGUCUGUUUCCUGGAAGUUUGACUUCAGUGAGAGUACUCUAAAGAUAGAUAAAGUUAUAAUAAAAGCUGAAUCGUGUGUUUAUGAGAAUGGUGUAAUAACAUGGAAGAUAUGUGGUGAUGAUCAGUGUAUUAUGCUCAAUGGUAAAGACUUGAAUUUGCCUACACCUGUAGAUGUUAAAGGUAGUAGUAGUUUAACUAUAACAGGUAGUUUAACGAAAGGUAUUGGUAACGUAGCCUGGCAGCAUACUCAACUAUUCCGACAAUCAUCAACUGACUUUAACAACUUUCCUUUUGAAAUAGAAAUAUAUUUAAUGUAAUCGGAUUAAAACACAGAUCCUA